AGUAAAGAAAGUUGUCUAAAAACGAACCGGUUAUUGGACUCAAGCCGACCUGAGACUCCUCGGACACACGGCGGGAACGCGCGUAGCGACGUCACGAUCCUCGGCUUCCCAUUCAUCCUGCCCGCUACCUCCUCAGUGAAACGUCACGUACCUAGCGGGAGCGCGCAUUGUCAGGAGGAGGAGGCGGAGGAGGGAAAAUGGCGACCUCAAACAAUCCGCGGAAAUUCAGUGAGAAAAUCGCUUUGCAUAACCAGAAGCAAGCGGAGGAAACGGCCGCUUUCGAGGAGGUCAUGAAGGACUUAAGCAUCACACGGGCGGCACGGUUACAGCUACAGAAGACCCAAUAUUUGCAGUUGGGACAGAGCCGUGGGCAAUACUAUGGAGGCUCCCUGCCAAACGUGAAUCAAAUUGGAAACAGUGCCAUUGACCUACCUUUUCAGACCCCCUUUCAGUCUUCUGGAUUAGACACAAGCAGAUCAACACGGCAUCAUGGAUUGGUUGACAGAGUGUAUCGAGAAAGAAAUCGCCUGGGAUCCCCCCACAGGCGACCCUUGUCAGUAGACAAGCAUGGGCGACAAGUAGACAGUUGUCCUUAUGGAACUGUAUAUCUAUCACCCCCGCCUGAUACAAGCUGGAGAAGAACGAAUUCAGAUUCAGCUUUGCACCAAAGUACACUGAAUCCCAGCCAGCAAGAAGCUUUCACAGGAAGCUCUCAGGAUGUUCAGCAAAAACGAGUGUUGUUACUGACCGUACCAGGAAUGGAGGAUAGUUCGGAAGGAGAUAAAACACUAAACAAACAAGGAUGGGACACGAAAAAGACAGGAUCUUCAAGGCCGAAGUCAUGUGAAGUUCCUGGAAUCAACAUAUAUCCAUCAAGUGACCAGGAGAAUACGACAAGCCUGAUCCCCGCUGCACAUAAUACAGGUGGAUCUCUGCCUGACUUGACAAACAUCCACUUUCCUUCACCGUUACCAAUUCCAUUAGACCCUGAGGAAUCCACUUUCCCAACUCUGAGUAACUCUAACAGCACCGGCAACCUAGCAAGCAAUUUAACUCACCUGGGUAUCAGUACUGCCAGUCCGGGAAUGACAACAACACAAGGGACAAUUACAGGAUCAUCACAGCAUCGUCAGCCACCUGUAAGUCCACUUUCGUUAAACUCCGAGUCCAGAAGGCAGCAGUCACAACAGAUGUCUCCAACUAUGUCCCCUCUUUCACCUAUUACUCAGGCAGUGGCAAUGGAUGCCUUGUCUCUGGACCAGCAGCUACCCCCUUACACAUUUUUUACACAGCCAAGUUCACAGCAACAGACACAAGUGCCAAGUGGCUUGUCUCAAAAUUCCACGUUAAUGCAGGGCUCUGGUUUACAAAGGGGGGCACAGCUCCCUCCCCUUACAGUAACUAUAUCAACCACAGUUCCUCAGUCACCUCCAGGAAAUCAGACACCAUCAUCUCUGGCUAUAGAUAUUAAUUCGGCUUCUCUCCAGCAGUACCGCAGUAAUGCUGGAUCCCCAGCCAUCCAGUCUCCCACUUCUCCUGUCUCCAAUCAAGGCUUCUCUCCAGGCAACUCCCCUCAACAUUCAAUCCUAGGGAGUGUAUUUGGAGAUUCCUAUUAUGACCAGCAGAUGACUGCACGGCAAACAAAUGCCCUAUCUCACCAGCUUGAACAGUUUAACAUGAUAGAAAAUGCAAUUAGCUCCAACAGCCUUUACAGCCCCUGCUCAACGCUCAACUACUCUCAGGCAGCCAUGAUGGGACUUACAAGUAGUCACAGCAGCUUGCAAGAUUCUCAGCAGCUCAAUUAUUCUAGUCAUGGUAACAUCCCUAACAUCAUUCUCACAGUUACUGGAGAAUCACCCCCAAGCUUAUCCAAGGAACUUACCAGUACAUUGGCAGGUGUUGGAGAUGUGAGUUUUGAUUCUGAUUCACAGUUUCCUCUGGAUGAACUUAAAAUUGACCCCUUGACAUUGGAUGGACUGCAUAUGCUUAAUGAUCCAGACAUGGUCCUGACAGAUCCAGCAACAGAAGAUACAUUUAGAAUGGACCGACUGUAAAUUGAAUAUUCAAUGCAGGAAAGAUAAUGCUGCCCUUACCCCCGCUGAGCAGAAAAGUUCAAUCGUGUAAGGCAACCACUGAGAGGUGUCGCUCUAUGCUGUACAAUGAGUAAAAUCUUGUUGUCCAAAGCUUGCAAUGCUAUGAAUCACACAUUGUGUGCCAUGUUUAGCUCUUGUAAUCCAUUCAUUGCAGCCUAAUGAAGGAUUAUAUCUUAUUUUUUCAUUAUUAAUCACCAAAGUUUUGACAUUGAGUUAACAUUUUUUUAGUGCUUUUACUCAAAGUGUUUAAAUCCGGUGCAGGAAAACAGCUUGGAUCCUCUGAUAACUAGACAGUUGUUGGCCUUACUAAAGCCUGUAUCAACAUAUGCUGCGUUUAGCAUUUCACCUCCCGAGAAGGACAGCAGGCCAAAACCUAAAGAGGAAUUUCUAUAUCCUUUGGAUAUCAAAAUUGUGGUUUUCAAGAUGGCUUUGUUUCUUACUGUAGCUGACAUAGGGAAUUUGCCUGCCAUUGGAAUGCGUGACAAAUAUUGGUAAUUAUUUAGACUAAAAGCAUCCAUCCUUCUGAAGAGAAGACACUUAACACAUUGUCUGAAUUGUCUGAUUUGCUAAAGAAAUGUAGGCUGCCUCAGCACACAGAAUUGCAUGGUUAGUGAAGGAGCCAGUUGAAAUAGUUUUCAAAGAAAAUCUUAUGCAGCUAAUCUAACGCUAGUCAAGCUAUUGAGCUUUGUCUUCUUCUACUUAUGGAUGGUUUUCUCACUUGCUGCCCAGCUUGUAAAUUAUUUUACUCCAUUUUAAGUCAGAAGGGCCAAUAACAAUCUUCUUAAGCAGUCACAUUUUCAUAGUAUUUAUGAAAGCUGUUUUUAGACUUGGGAAAAGUUCUAAUUCUUCAUAGUGUCAAAUGAAUUUUGUUUACUUUUUAUAUGUUUGGGGUCAGACCAGGUUUUCAAACUCAAAGAGAAAAAUUUACAUAGAUUGAACAAAAAGGGGGUUGAAUUAGUAAACUUGCCAACCAGAUUAUUCAUAAUAUGCAUCCUUACCACUGGAAACCACUGGUUUCCUUGCUAUGCAUUAAAGUCACAUUUCAAAGAUCACUUAUGGUUUUCUUCUUAUGUAUACGUUAAGUAUGAGAAUACUGCAUGCAGUUGUUUGUGUUAUUGGCAGCUAUACAUGCAUAACUCCUGAAAUGCAACAGCUGAUUUUACCAUUAUAGUUGUUUACCUUUACUGAAGAAAUGUCGUUGUAAUGCAUCUUUUAAGAGCAAGACUGCCCAUUGGUACCAAUAGCAAUCUUUUACAAUGACAUGUUGUAUUUUGUUAUGGUAUUUUCAAAAUGUUGUGAAUCAUGUAUUAGUUCAAAGGCUACAUGGUUAGAUGCAUUGUAUUCUGAUUGCUAAAAUGACUGCUGCAUUUAGGAAUGGAAAACUGCUUCACAGAAUAAUUUUUUAAGGUAACUGCACUGUAGAUAAUUUUACCCAACUGUAACUAUAACCCCUCUUUUCCCAUUUUCCAAACAGAGCCUCUAAGGUUUGCAGGAAGGAUUAAACAACCUUUUUCUUAAGGAAACUGUGCAUGAGCCUAAAUGGAUUGGUCUACUUAUUUAGAAGGUGAAAACUGCACAACAAAAAUAAGGAAAAAGAUGUCAUAGAACCAGGAAGUUAAAGAAUCCUGAGAGUCACAUAUCUAUUAUGCAGAGCUUCAUAUACAUUUACAAAUAUAUUUCCUAGGAUAUGGGCUACCCAAGCCCUUUAUAUGAUGCAUACUAUUUGUGCUAUACAGAAAUAAAACUAUUCUGUGCAAAAUCAGUAAGUGGUAAUAUUGGAUGCACAGGCAACAUGGGUGUGUGAGCAAUUAUACCACAAUCAGAAGCAGGAGUAAGCUAGAUAUUGUAAUAGUUCUGUACUUCUGUGCAUUUGGAAAAUACAGGUAAAUAAUUUGAUUAUGCUGAAAAGAAAUUUAGCCCAGACACAACAAAUUAUAAUUUUUUUCUUUUUAGAUGACUUUAUAGUGUUGGCGCCAAACAUAAAAUAGCUUAUUGUUUUCUAGUAGUAAUUUUUUUACUACUUGACAAAAUAGUAUUUUAAUGUAAAUGUAUGCAAAAAGUUUUAUGAUUUGUGGUCUGUUUU